GCUGGAGGGAGGGCUCGGGUCCAGUCUGCUGAGGAAGCUUUCUUCUUCCAGGAAGUCUCAUCAGCGAAACAACAGUCCUCAACCCCAAGAGGCCAAUGACAUGGGGGCGAAUGGAGACGACAGCGGGGCAGGUAGGCUGAGCCGCAGACUGUCUCGUCUAGGCAGCAGGCAUCAAUCCAGGGAUCAGAGACACCCGGCUCAGCCAGAAAGAGCUCCUCCUCCUCCUGUUCAACAAGAUGACAGGCCAGCUCCACCAGCACUUGUUGUGCCUCCUGCUCCUGCUCCAGCUCCAGCACCAGUUUUUGUUCUCCCACCACCCAUGGAAAUACCACCUAAACGCCCCGACAAAUCAACAAAGCCCAAGCUUCCUCCCCGGCCCCUGUCCAAGGUGUUCAGUAGCACUGAACAUGGAGAGGAUGUGUUAAAGGGCUUUGAUAGUUUUCGGGGAGAUGAGACGCUCUGUGAUGUUGUCUUAGUUCCUGGAGAUAGCAAGGAAAAGUUUCCCGUCCACAGAGUCAUCAUGGCUUCAUCCAGCGACUACUUUAAAGCGAUGUUCACAGGAGGCAUGAGGGAGCAGGAGAUGAGAGAGAUCAAGCUGCAUGGGGUCACUAAGUUGGGCUUAAAGAACAUUAUAGACUUCAUUUACACAUCCAAAGUGAGCCUCGACAUGGGCAAUCUUCAGGACACACUGGAGGCCGCAAACUUCUUGCAGGUCAUGCCAGUCCUGCGGUUUUGCAAUCAGCUUCUGAGCAGUGAGAUCACUAUUGAUAACUGUGUGGAAGUUGAGCGCAUAGCCACAGACUUGCUUCUAGAGGAUGUUCAGCAGAAUAUAGGUGAGUUUGUGAGUCAGAACCUCUCAGAGUUAGUGGAGUGUGGCCGCUACCUUGAGCUCUCUGAGACCAGCAUGGCCAACGCUCUUGCCAGCAAUUCGCUGAAAGGUUUCUCGGAACUGGAGCUCUAUCAUAUCGCAAGAGGAUGGCUGGACCACGAGCCUGCCAAACGCCGAACUUCUGUUUAUGCCUUGAUGCGGCACAUUCGCUUCCCACUGAUGAGCCCCAGUGAGCUGAUUCAGAUCUCUCAGGAUGAUGAAGAAGAAGGCGACUCUCUGAUGCGCUCUGAGACAGCCUGUGUGAACCUCCUGCUGGAGGCCAGUAACUACCAGAUGAUGCCUUACAUGCAGCCAGCCCUGCAAACAGAGAGGACACAGAUACGGUCAGACGCAACUCAUAUUCUGGUCCUGGGUGGUGUAAUGCGACAACAGCUGGUGGUGAGCCGGGAGUUAAGGCUGUAUGAUGAGAAGACCGGCCACUGGAGGGCCCUGAAGCCCAUGGAGGUGCCACGCUAUCAGCAUGGUGUGGCUCUUCUAGGCGGCUUUCUCUUCAUUGUUGGAGGUCAGAGUACUUAUGACACAAAGGGCAAGACAGCCAUAGACAGCGCCUACCGCUAUGAUCCACGAUUUGACAAGUGGUUACAGAUUGCUUCACUCAAUGAGAAGAGGACUUUCUUCCAUCUCAGUGCCCUGAAUGGGAAGCUGUUUGCAGUGGGAGGAAGGAAUGCCUCAGGAGAAAUUGAUACGGUGGAGUGCUACAAUCUGAAGAAAAAUGAGUGGACCUUUGUGAACAGUAUGGUGGAGCCCCACUAUGGACAUGCUGGAACAGUCCAUGAAGGCCUCAUGUACAUUUCGGGCGGCAUCACCCGUGACACCUUCCAGAAGGAGCUUUGGUGUUACGACCCAGUCGCUGACACGUGGAGUCGACGGGCCGACAUGACGGAGCUCCGUGGCCUGCACUGCAUGUGCACUGUGGAAGACAGACUCUAUGUCAUGGGCGGAAAUCAUUUCCGAGGCUGCAGCGACUAUGACGACGUCCUGGGCUGUGAAUACUACAGCCCUGACACAGACCAGUGGACGGUGGUGUCACCAAUGCCUCGGGGCCAGAGCGACGUAGGUGUGACUGUGUUCAAUGGACAGAUCUACGUGGUGGGAGGAUAUUCCUGGAACAGCAGAUGCAUGGUCGACAUCGUGCAGCGAUAUGACCCAGACAAGGACGUGUGGGACAGGGUGUUCAACGUGCUGGAGCCUCUGGGGGGGAUCCGUGCCUGCACAAUGACAGUUCAUCUGCCAGAGGGGUCAGUAGAUGAGGCUCAGAUACAAGAUUGCCCACUUCCCACAGCUAAGAGCUCAUAGCCGCAGACGAGGGGGUUUCCGGCUGUUGCUGCUGUGAGACCACAACUGACAUGAUGAAAUUUACCUGCACGCUGUGGCGAAAAGAAGGCAAAACAGGAAGUAGUGUGGGUUGCAAACACAAGUUGCAUGUGCAAGCAAAGCAGGCUAGCUUACAUUAGCAUUCGCUAGUUUGAAGACUUUACUCGUACUUACAAACACUGUGCUCUUGUUAGUAUCGUUUCCUGUCCUUUCAUUUACUGCCAGCUAUGUGGCACCCCAGCUAAUCUGUUGAUUAUGUAAUGAAUAUGCAUAAUGUACAUAAUGCCUAAAUGAAAGCUCAAACUCACCUUCCUGAUCAGUUUGACUGGACAUUGAUUCACUGGACACUGAAGGCAAGCAAGUCAGAAUUAGAGGCAAAAUCAUCUAUUCAUAUAAAUUACACUGAAAAAUUGAAUUAAGAGAGAAAAUCGACAUUAUUUCGAAUGCUACUUUUGUAUAGUUUGUAAUUCUGUAGGCUUUUUUGAUCUAUUUAUUUUUUUCCAUCUCUAAACCAAAAGGAAUUAGCUGAAUCAUUUGUAUCAUGAUGACGCUUGAUGGAUUUGGUGAUUAAAACACCACAGGGUUUUGGGCAAACAUUGGAAAAUAAAGAAGUUUUUAUGGCACAGAGUCAUAAGAUUUCAGCUAGACUGUAGCUACAAAGACAACAUUUUGGGUGUGGAACUUCCUAUUAACCAAGCCUGUAUCCAACACAGACAGUCAUGCUUUCACGAGGUUUGUUUCUGCUUAUAAAACACUUUUAAACACAAUGUAAUGAGCAAAGAUAUCUGUUAAUGCUUUCCAUUAAAUUUAAGCAAAAAACCUAAAAAGACAUGGAAAAGUCAUUGCAGUUCACAUUUCAUGUGUGUCUAAUGUGCAUUGU